AUGAGAUACGCCCCAGAAAUCAAGAGGUCCUCACCUCACCUCCUGAAGAAGUUCACAGUGUGUGACAUCCCUCUGUACGACAUCUGUGACCACAACGUCACCGGGGAGCGCUGCAAGGAGCUCGGGUGCUGCUUCUAUAAGGGUGUCUGCUACGAGAAAGCUGUUCCCGUCUACGUGCAGGUGUUCUGUGCGCUGAUGGUGAUCUUCGCGGGGGUCUUUGUCGUCACCAUGAUCUACAGGAUCGUGCACGAGAGCAGAAGAGAGAAGGAGAUUCCCAUGGAGACCAAGGCCAGCGAGAUGGGUCCUGCACAAGGACAGGGGUCAUCAAAGACCCAGAGUGUCUCCAAGAAGAGCACCUAUAGGCAAGACUCAGGUGCAAUGACCUCAGAUGAACAAGAGACUGAGGAGGAAGAGGAGGAGGACUUACAUGUGUGA